AUGUCAUGUGUUCAGCACAUUGGAAUCGCUCGCUGUUCGAUCGUCGAAUAAUAUUUACGAACUGCUUUUAAAUAAUUAAUAUUUCUAAUAUUCCUAAACGAUGAAUAGAUUGUAACGCAGUACAAAUUAUAAUAAAAUAAUUGUUCCUCGCAACCGAACAUAAGACGACGUCCUUGAAUCUGACAUUAACCUUAGCUGGAAAAAUGAUCCGUUUCGGUCAUAAUUUUGUGUUUUUAUCGUGUGUCUGCUGUUAAUUACGAUUGAAAAUUCGUUAUUGUAGAAUAAAUAACGUGACAGAGAAAACAGGAGCUGUGAAAACCUAACCAAAAAUGCUAAACAAUACCUUAAAAAUGUACAAACUAUCGCAAAUCACCACAUUACUACAAAAGAGUAUUUAUUUAAACGCAAAAAGGAAAAUAUCCAUCUACCCUCUACCAUACUCUUGUAUAUGUGGCCAGGUAUAUUUAAAAAAAGAAUACCCCAACCAUAGAUAUGAAAUAACAAGAGUACAUUCUACUCAAAGUGAUCAGCAUAGACAAAAAGUUGUUAUUGAGACGACAACACCGAAAAUUGUGAUAAAUAAGCUUGGGGAAAAGUUGCCAGAUCAAAAAUUACCGGAUCGGACGGAUUUAGAUGCAAAAGCUGGAUUUUGGAAGGAGAAAAUUGAUCCAUAUGUUAAGUUGGCAAGAUGGGAUAGACCUAUAGGUGUAUACCUGCUCUACUGGCCCUGUGCAUGGUCUAUAGCGCUCGGCUCCCUGCCUGGUACAGUGCCGCUACAGUCGUCGUUAUACACGGCUGGCCUGUUCCUUGUGGGCGCUGGGUUGAUGAGGGGCGCCGGGUGUACUAUCAACGAUUUGUGGGAUAGAGAUGUUGAUGCUCAGGUAGAACGCACAAAGAACCGUCCCCUCGUCACGGGUGCAGUAUCAGAAACUCAGGCGGUAGUAUUCCUGGCUGCUCAACUGAGCCUCGCACUAGCUGUGUUACUGCAACUCAACUGCUACAGUAUAGUACUGGGCGCUAGUAGCAUGCUGCUGGUAGUGACAUACCCGCUCGCGAAGCGUGUGUCGCGCUACCCGCAGAUAUUCCUGGGCGCCACGUUCAACUGGGGCGCGCUGCUUGGCUAUAGCGCCGUCACGGGGGCGCUGGACUUGUCCGUUUGUGGUCCGCUGUAUGUCGGGGCGCUGGCUUGGACCGUGGUCUAUGAUACGAUUUAUGCGCAUCAGGAUAAAGAAGACGACAUGAAAGUAGGCGUCAAGUCGACAGCGCUGACUUUCGGCGCUCACACUCGGCCGGCGCUGUCGGGCUGCCUCGCGCUCAGCGCGGCGUCGCUCGCCCUCGCGGGACAUAAUGCGGGGCUGGGGUUGCCGUACCAGUUGGCCGUGUUGGGUUAUGUCGCUCAUGCUGCUCAGCAGAUAUACACACUGGACACAGAAAACCCGGAAGAUUGCGCAUCCAAAUUCAAAUCGAAUUCGUCAGUUGGCGCCAUCAUUCUAAUGGGUAUUUUGGCGGGAGGCUACAAACAAUACAUGGACAAUAUGGCCGAUAAUGUCAACCAUGAAGAUACUACUAAAAGCUGUUUGUUUAGCUAACUUCUUAAUUUGGGCGGGUUAUCGUCCGUAGAUAAUUGGAGGUAUGUUUUUUUUAUGGAAAUGUCAUUGGUGUUGACAGUUAUUGAUUGGAAAUUUUGAAU